UCCUAAGCAUACAUACUACCAUUCGCAUUGCAUAGCAACUCGUACGAUCAAGUGAUAUUUGUCUGAUAGAAAUAUGAAUAAAAUACUAACUAAAAAUGCAACACAUAUCUUUCUUGCAAUAUGUUUUCUGGUACAAAAAGUUCAUUCCAGUCAUUUUUAAGGGGAGGAAUUAUAACAUGGAAACAGACGGGAACUCAGCAAAUUGAAAUAUCAUACAGAUUAGCAUUUCGUAGAGAUUAUUCAAGCAAUCAUAUGUGUGAUGACAGUAACAUUAUUAAUGGGGAUAUACUGAAUGGAGAAGGAGUUUUGCAGUGUGAUUAUGGAUGUAGCGGAAUCAUUGCUAACCCUAUGUCUUACUAUUGCACUGAUUAUAGUGUAGAUGAAAACUGGGCAGCUGGUCAACGAAGCGUAUCAUACAACUUCACUCCUACGACCAACAACGUAUUUCAAUUCAGGUACGGCAGUUGUUGUUGGAUAAGUCUCGUGGUUGGAAGCGGUAGCUGGGUAUUACUGGCAACAGCGGAUCUUUCUGUAAGACAGGACACUGGAAAAAUUAAUACAUCUCCUGUUUCUGUCAUGCAACCAAUUGUUAGAUUUAAAUAUGGGUGUUCGUAUUCACUAAGAAUUCCCGUGCAAGACGAUGACGGAGACAUCGUUAAAUGUCGCUGGGCUAAUAAUACAGAAUGUUAUGCCGUCUGCGAAGCUCUGCCAGGAGCAGAACUAGACGAGACCGCAUGUUUAUUAUCUUACACUGCUUCGGGGAAUACUGGAUGGUAUGCAGCGGCUUUACAGAUUGAAGAUUAUGCCGUGUCCGACAUUACAACACCUUUAAGCAGUGUGCCACUUCAGUUUUUAAUCGAAGUAGCUUCUACAACUGACACAUGCGACGAUAAACCUCUUGUACUGAAUCUUACAAAUGUAAAUGAUUCAGUAGCUUCAUUAACACUUAAUGCAACAUUUUUCCAGACUAUUAUUGCUAAUAGUGGUUCUACAAGUGUAAACAUUACAGAAAUCGCUACUGUGUCUCCAGUUGGAAUGAUUAAGACGGAACUGUUACCGUAUGGAUCAUCAGGGACGGAAUGGCACGUAAAUGUGACAUGGACACCAUCCCAAUCUCAAGCAGGAAGUCACAUAUUUUGUUAUACCGCUGUGAACAGCGUGGGACAGUCAUCUGACCAAGCAUGCGUUACAAUUAAAGUAGAUGAUGAAAAUGAAUGUGCUAGUAAUCCUUGCCAGAACGGUGGUGCGUGCGUUGAUGAUAUAACCAGAUAUAUUUGCACAUGUCCGGAUUCUUAUACUGGAAAAAACUGUGAAACAGCUAUUGACGUCUGUAAUGGUGUAAAAUGUGACAAUAACGGAACAUGUGUCGAUGCUGGGCUAAAUUAUACCUGCACUAAUGUAUCUUCCCACACUGAUACUGACUUCUGUGAAGGUUCAAUAUGUGAAAAUAACGGAACAUGUGUUGAUGGUGUGUUUAAUCAUACCUGUACUUGUCCAACUUCCCAUACCGGUUUUCACUGCGAAUCAGCUAUUGAUUUCUGUCAGUAUGUGGAUCUUCCAUGUCGCAAUGGAGGUACCUGUAUAGAUGGUGUGUUCGAUUACAAAUGUACAUGUCCUUUAACGCAUACUGGGGAUCUUUGUGACACAGAAGCUGACAAUACAGGCUAUGUGCUUAGUCUAAUUUUUGUAUCAGGAGGCUUGGUAUUAUCUGGAAUUGUCACCGUCGUGGUGAUAAAAAGUUUAGUUUCAUAUGUUAAAGGUCCGGGUAGUUCUGUUGAUACACACAAUCAUUUUUAUAUGUGAAUAUCUUGAUUUAACUGUAUAUUGCUAACCUCCGUGUGAUGUUGUUUUAUAUUCUAAAAUGUUAUUUUUAAGAGUUUGAUUUAUUUACACCAUAUGUUUUGAUAAUGUUUUAUUGUUUAGAAUUAUGGUAAAGCACAUUAAGCAACAGUUUUAAAAUGACAUGUAAAGGAAGAAAUGUGUCAAAAAUUAAAAUCUUUACAAAUUUAA